GUUCAUAUAAUGUAGGCCUACGUAAAUGUGCUCUCCCAUUAUGAAUCUCAUAGUCACAAUUUGAAGUGAGUUUCUGUCGAUUUCUCCUCAAAAUACUGCGUUAAAGGCCGUUUUGGCCAGGCAGGAAGUAUCUUAGUUCAACGCAGCAAGCAUGAGCUUCUUCAAGAGAGCAGAUUUGGUGAUUUCGUUGUCGUUGCUGGCCGUUAUCACGUUAUGCUCGUCGUCUGACGGCCCGACACAUUGUGUUCUUGAUGAAAAGAGCUAUUGUUCCUGUGCCAUGUCGGACAACAGUGGGCGCUAUGACCUCUCGCCGCUUUCUGAUCACCCAAACCCGUAUUUUCGCAGCAUUGCCGGCCGCAAUGGCUCCGAAAAGUUUGCUUACGAUCCCUGUGUACCAUUCACUAUCAAUGAUCCGGUCAGCGGGAAGGAAACACAGUGUAAAAAUGUUGCUGGGUGCCAGAUGGAUGUAUCAGCAGCAGAACGUAAAACCAGAUAUUUCACCGUUGCUCGGCACUUCACAGCAGAGUUCCAUUUUAACCCUAGUUCUUCACAGAUGACAGUGCACUAUACCAAUGAGGACAUAUUCCAACCGUUCACCAUGGAAGUUAAUUUAGUCUGCACCCCCCAUGCUGAUACCACCAUGAUGGAGUACGCGAAGGUGACCAGUAACGCGGCUGCCUUUAACCUUCGUUCCCCCCACGCCUGCCUUAUCAAACCCUCAAGCUUGAGCACAGGGAGCAUCCUCUGCAUCAUCUUCAGUUUAUCUUUCAUCGUUUACUUCGUCGGAGGUACUCUGGUGCUCGUCUUUGUGCAAAACAGGCCACUCAACGAGUCUGUCCCGCCCAACCGAGAUUUCUGGCUGGACCUGCCGGAGUUGAUCAGGGACGGAGCCAAGUUUGCCUUUAACGGCUUCAAGGUCACCCAGCCGACCCACCAGCGGCUGGGCAGGGAAGAGGAGGAGGAAGACCACGCCUACCACGACGAACUCAACGAAGAAGAGGAGAUGAGGCCCAGUCCGAGCACAGGACCCCCUGACUCUACGGAUGGUUUCACAGCAGUACCUGUGUAAAUCCCCUACCCCUGAACCUCCUGCACCAAGUACACUCUUCCAGAUCUACAGGUUCACCUCCCCACGGAAAGACACACUCUCGUGUCCGAUAUAAAAUAUUUGUAUGCAACUCCUGAAGUGUUCUGUGAUGUCUUUAUGUCAAACUCUUCUGUGUGCUACAGUGGGUAAGCAUUCACCGUGUUAAGGGGGACAAUUUGUCUUGUUAAGCCAAUUUGGACCGAGCUGUGGGGACAUGUCUGUGUCCCCACAACUUUUUCGGUCCCCACAAAAUAGGUGACACAUCGAGUGUACGCCCUCACAACUAUGGAACAAGAGUGUGUGAGUUUGUUUCAUAGACCCUUUGUGGGCCAAAGAUCAAAAUGGGUUCACGUAAUGGAGGGUGUGUAAAACUUGUGUGGACUAAGCCACUUGAGAUUUCCCCUCCGUGAGAAUCAGUCAUUUGGGGGCAUUUGGGGGCUAGGAUUAUGAGGGCAAAAUGAAGAAAAGUGAAAAAAAAAAUCAAGCUUAAUAAGUGUGGACAGUGCAAGAGAAGUGGCUUUUUUAGCUUUUUUUUUUCUAAAUGUAUGAGAAUAAGGUAUGUCCACACUAGAAAUGUACAUGUACCAGCAGUACACAUGGAGGUGUACGGUUCCUUAUUUGCUUUUAGUUUUGUUUGAAACUCUUUUUCAGGAUUAGAAUUUUAUACAGUGGUAACCUACUCAGUAGAGUACUCCUCACAGAGAAACUAAGCGAAUGACAAACCAUUUUGUGAUGUUUUUGUGCCAUUUAAAGAUAUUGACAUACCUUUACAUGUAUACGAUUAGGUACGUUUCCAUAAUAGCAGCCUGAAGUGGUUUAGGUUGAUUUGUGUGAAACUGAAUACAAAAGAGUUUCAAUAGAAAGUACUGAACUCGGACAUGUCAUGUAGAGUGAUCCAUUCCGAGAUUUGGUUCGGAAAAUAUUGCAGAAUUUGAUUUUUGUUUUGGUUUUUCCUCAGCUUUUGGGUUUUUUUCAGUUGCAGAAAUAGCCUUGUGUUAGAUGACAGUGAGAGACAUAAAUGUACUUGUCUGGGUUUGGGUAAUAAUAUUUUUGGAUUAUCAAACUUAGAUAUUAGAAAUGAAUUUGUAAUGUGACACAAGUAUUAGCUCAUUAGCGUUAGGUGUGUGAACGUACAUAAAAUCCAUUUUAUUCAUGAAUGUGCAAGUAAUUGAUGACCAAAUCACGUUUUGAAUCUUUCACAUAAACUGCCCUGCAUAUUUAUGAAUAUGGUGUGCAUAGUAACAUGCACUGAGUUGUUAAGAGUGCAAGAGGUACCUUGCCUCACCACAGUACCAUAGUUCUUGUGUGCAAUGAAAAUUAUUUACCAAACCAAAAAUAUGCCUGCUAUAUGUAUUGUAAAUGAUUUUAAGAUAUCAAUGUUUAAAUCAAGAUGAUUGUCUGCUUUCAUAUGUCUUCAAUUUAAUUGACAAAGUGAAAAACCUGAAUACAAAAAUGUAUACAGAACAGUCAAGUUGUGAAAUUCUAUUUAAAUCAAAUGUUGUUUAAUGCAGAGCUGCAAAUUUGAACUUGUAGAAAAUAAUUACUUUCAUUUUAUGGCUGUUAAAAACUUAAAGUGUAAGACGUCAUUUUUCAGUUUACUGGCAAUCUCGUUCAAAAGUUUAGUAUGGAUAGAACUUUUAUUGGUUUGAGAGUCAAGAUAUUCAUAUUUGUGUCUAUUUAUGCACGUACAUGUAUAUGUACUUGUAUGAUGUAUUUGGUGUUGGGUAAGAAAAUAAUUAAGGCCGGGGGUAAAAUUUUACAUAACCAGCCAAUAAAUGACACUGAAUCAAGUUCAUCUCAUAGCUGGAAGUAUAAGUAGGAAUUAAACAGAUUCUACUCCCUUGUUUUCGGGACAGUAGUCGUGGGAGGGGUGUAGCUGAAAGUCUGGUACUAAAGAUCCUCGUAGUGAAUGAGCGCGGGUUCACCGUGUGCACACUCACUGCACGAAUCUACUGUUCCUUAUCCGUUCACCUUGAUGGAAACAUUUUGUUCCUUCACGGCGCACUGUAUUUUUUAAGGGAAAUCUUUGGCAGUAUAGGUAUGCAAUGAGCUGUUUGAUUUGGGCUGGCACACUGCCCCAAUUUUUUCAGGGAAAUAAAACCUCCACGUUUUGGGAUUACCUCUGAA